GGCGGAGCGCGGCGGCUCCGGGGGCUGCGCGGGGAGCGCGGAGGUGGGAGCAGCGCAAGUCGUGCCUCGCAUUACUUUUAUUUUUAUUUCUGUUUUUUAAUUUGUUUUAAAAAUCUGUUUAUUCCCUCCGCCCUACCGAAGUUGGAUGUCUUCUCAGCCCGUCUGGGAGAAGAGAAGGGAGCGGGAGGGGAGACCCCACACCAUCCAUCCUGCGGAAUGUGGGCGACCCGGCGGGUGCCGAAGCCAGGUGUCAGGUGCGUCGCUGCUCAGGACGCCUCUCCAGAAGACUUCAGCUGUCUUUUUACUUCGGGUUGCUGUGGAUGAUAGAUGCAGAAAGGCACUCAUUGUCAGAAGAGAAACAGCAAUAGCUGCCCUUUGGUAGAAGGGCUGCACAUUUGCUCUGAAGGAAGAGACCACGCUCAAGUACUUUAUUAAGAUACCUUCCAUUCUGAGCCUCAAAAAAGAUCGUCUAGCAUGAUCCUGGGUUUAAAUAACAAAGAUGAAUUUGAGGUGAUUGAUUGGUUGUUUCUGCUGCUCUGGAGUUAUGUGCAGAGCUGACCACUGGAAAGGCACAGUGCAGGGCAACACUCUGGUGCUGCUAUACAGCAUUUCAGAUCUGUGUAACUAGCCAUGAAUUAUCUCAGCUGAGUGAAGAUCACAAGAAUCCUGAGAUGAUUUGACCUGUAAUGGAGGGACACUUUUGGAAAACUGCUGGAGGACUUCAGCACAGGGCACCUGGCAUCUCUGCCCUCAUCUAGCUGUGUCAAAGUCCGAAAUGAAUCACACUUGGACACACAACCUGAGCUUUGGUGCACCUACAGAUCCUGUUGUGCCAAGGGCUGGGCUCUCACGAAAUGGGCACACAGUAGUGGCUGUUUUUCUUGGAUUUAUCUUGGUUUUUGGUUUCUUGAAUAACUUGAUUGUCCUCAUCCUCUUCUGCAAGUUUAAAACCCUGCGUAACCCAGUCAACAUGCUACUCCUGAACAUCAGUAUCAGCGACAUGUUAGUGUGUAUCUCAGGCACUAGCCUCAGUUUUGCAUCUAACAUCCGUGGCAAAUGGAUUGGAGGGGAGCAUGGUUGUAUGUGGUAUGGCUUUGUCAAUUCCUGCUUUGGCAUUGUGUCUCUGAUCUCCCUGGCUGUCCUGUCCUAUGAACGCUACAGCACCCUCACCCUGUGCAACAAGCGCAACGAUGACUACCAGAAGGCAUUGCUGGCAGUCAGCGGUUCAUGGAUUUAUUCCCUGCUCUGGACUGUGCCACCUCUGAUCGGUUGGAGCAGUUACGGGAUAGAAGGUGCGGGUACAAGCUGUUCAGUACGCUGGUCCUCUGAGUCAGCUGAGUCCAUAUCCUAUAUCAUCUGUCUCUUCAUAUUCUGCUUGGUCAUCCCUGUGAUGAUGAUGAUGUACUGCUACGGUCGCCUCCUUUAUGCUGUUAAACAGGUUGGAAAAAUUCACAAGAAUGCUGCCCGCAAAAGAGAAUAUCGCGUACUAUUCAUGGUGAUCACUACAGUUGUCUGUUAUCUUGUGUGUUGGAUUCCCUAUGGAGUUAUAGCACUACUUGCAACAUUUGGUAAACCAGGUGUGGUGACUCCAGUUGCAAGCACCAUACCUUCCAUCCUAGCAAAAAGCAGCACUGUUUGCAACCCCAUUAUCUACAUACUCAUGAAUAAGCAGUUUUACAAAUGCUUCCGCCAGCUUUUCCACUGCCAACCUCCUUCCUCCACUGAUGGAGAGCCCACCAGCCACUCCAAGGUAACCGUUAUCCAGCUGAAUCAGAGGAAAGACGGUGGAAGCACGUGCAGUAAAGAAGGAAAUCCAGAAACAGACAGUAAAAUGACUUCUCUCCCGCACCCAGAGCCAAGCCUGGAGCCAGUUUCGAAAGCUGUACCACCAAUGUCUUAGGAAAACUGGCUCUGAUGGAAAGUACAAGCCUUAACCAGAGUGUGUUUCAUUUCACUGCCACAUUACCCAGCUGACCUUAAAAUUAAUAAAGGAAGUUGCCACUUGUGGGAUGAGAAAAGUGUCAAGAACAAAUAUUGGGACUCUCUUAUAAUUUCCUUAAUAACAGUAAAGAUGGCCACAUCACUGCAAAUAUGAUUCAAUAAUGACAAAAUUUUAAGCAAUAUCAUCGAUUUUCCGGUAAAUUAGUUAACAGAGCACUUAGAAGUGGUAGAGUUUUAGUUCUUUGUGAUCUGUGGAUCAAUGUCCUUCAGAAUCAACCUAAAAGGCAUGCUGGGGUAUUUGGUUUAGCUCCCUGUCUUUCCUGCCCUAUUCCAUCCAGUCCAUGUCUUGGCAUUUCACAUUAGGUUGCUCAUAAAUAACCAUAAUUUUUGACAGUCCACUCAAGUUUUUGCUCAUGCUGGACAAUGAUGUUUUGUGGGAGGAAAGACAGUGACUGGACAGGCCAGUUUCUGAGUGGUAACAGCUAAUUUACAGAACAUCUUUGUGUUCAAGUCUCGGGUAAACGAACUGAAAGAUGAGCUAAGACAAUGAGUAGUGAUCACCACAUACACAGGUGUCCCUGGGCUACAGAGACUUUUAUGUCCUGGUGGAAAUGGGAGCACUCCUGAGACUUCCAGACCUGAUGCACAUUUUCAAUGCCCAAACUACUCUGGGGAAAAAUGGUGGUCAGUGCCAGACCCUUUCUCCUUUUAGCACCUCUACCACUGCAGACCCCCAGCCAAAGAGGCCAACGGUGCAGUGCAACCAGCACUCCCAUCCCAGCCACCUAUGGAUGAGAUUCCAGGGCAUGCAGCACUAUACACUCAACCUACACAAACCCAGGAAGGUUGGUUCCUCCACUUAGCUGUCACAGCCCCCAAGUUUUCCCUUGGAAUGAUCUGAUCCUGGUGUUUAAUUCAAAACCAGAAGGUGAGAUAGCACUGUAUUAAAGACAGAGGGAAGGAGAAAAAAAAAAAAAAAAAAAAAACACAACAGCUUUUUUUUAAAAAGAAGCUGUUUUCUUUGUAUGAAUAGAGUCCUCACUAAAAUAGGGAAUAAAUGGGUUCAGUUCUGUCCUGUGCCUUAGAGGAUGUGAACCCUCCUUCACAGAGAACAGCCCUCAUGUUGUAGUGAAAACUAAGUUCACAAAAGCCAGGAAUCAACUGUCUUUGAAAGAACAGCAGCAGUUUAAACUGUGAGGACAUUUACACCAGUCCAUGUACCAGGAUAUAUUCAGGUUUUAUUCUCUUUACUUUCUAAUACCAUGCCUGGCUUGUUUUCCUCAAGUCCCUAAAACACAGCUGUCAACAGAGCUCCCCAGACUCUUUUAGGGCAGUGUGCCCUAAAACAGCUCAGUAAAAACUUGAUUAACUAGAUUAAUCCAAUUAAUAUACUAGUAGUACUGUGCCUAGGGGAUUUGGUCAAGAACCCAUAAAACUCCAGUACAAACCAGCAGAAAUAUUGCCAGUCUGAGUGAUGAUGUUGCCAUGAGACUUGUGGAGGGGUCUAGAGAGAGCUGUACCAGGGUCUCCUCAGAGCAGGGACAACUUUGAAAUUAAAGCAGGUUGUCUGUGGUCCUGUCCAGCCCAGUAUUACCUCCAAGGCCAGAAAUGGAACUGUUGAACCUUUUCAGAAGUUUACUGAAGCAUGCAAAAAUAAUACCAUAGCCAUGAACCUGAAACCAGCAAGUAGGUGCGAAAUGACCAUCAGACCUGUUCUCUUCCAGAUCUGAAACUUAAGCUUUAAAACUUUUAGAUCUUAAAUAACCAAUAUAAGUUUCAUAAUAAGGAAAAAGUCAGGUUAUCUGGCAUGAUUUUAGCUUUGACAAACAUGAAUUGGUGCAACCAUACAUUCAAAAUCACAAUUGAAGAUAUUUCUGUAUAGGCCACUCUAAUUCUAAUACUCUUGCUGGAUUUUCAAAAAUCCCAUUUGAAUUAUAAAUGUGAAAAUGGAAAAAUGCAAAAUAAUUCUGCCUGUGUGGAGAAAAGUUGUUUUAUAGUAAAUCAUUCAAAGGUGUGUUUUAUGAAUGUUUUAUAGCUGAAUGGUAAUGUUCCUGAAUAAUGCAUUGGAACAAAAAAAAAGGAUUGUGAGCACAGAAUAUCCUUUUAAAAAUAUUUUAACAUAUAUUAUGCCAAAAAAAUGAUGUUGCUGUCAAAGAAACAGUCAACAUGCACGUUUGCUACAGAAGUACAAUAUUAGAUGCUAAUAAAGUAUUAUGUGUUUCAAAAUAUUACAUAUUAGUAUUUCAAAAUCCUUAGAAAGGUGUGUUACUUUUUCCCUAUUUGGCUGGUAUCUAUGGUGUCAGGAAGUGUUUGGUAUGGUUUAAACUCAGUCCAAUUGGCACAAUAAACUCCUGAGGUUCUACAAUCUGCGCUGAAAACAUUUAAACCAGAAUUAAAUUAAGAUUACAUUCCUUGCAUGGAUGGCUUAUACAAAUGAACAUAUACUAUGGAUUCUAAUUAAAAGGAGAAAAUGUUUUUCAAUUUGUUCUUGGCAAUCUUAGUGACUCAAGAGGUUCUGAAUUUCCAACAUGCAUCUUUUGUACAGUACAAUUAGGUUUUGUGUUUAGCACACUAAUUUAAAAAGACUCUUCUCUAGUUUACAAGUAAAUAAUAUAGUUCAAUAUACCUGAAUACAACAGAUGCUUUAUGAAAGCAUUUAGAAUAAUAAGUGUAAUUCAAACAUUCAGCAAGAACUCAGCAUCAUUUUAACAAAAUGCACGAGAUGCUGAAAACAUUUAAAUACACGUAAUCUGAUUGUUAUAAUGUGUCUCAUUUCACACAGAACACAAAUUUAGUUACAGAAAAGAAUUUAGCUAGACACACUAAUAAAUUUAUGUUUGAUAAUCUGUGCACUUGAAAACAUUACAAAUAAACAUAAAGAAUUUAUAACAUAUAGUUUUCUGUAUGUUAGUCUACUUCUAUAGUCUCUCUUGAUUGGAUUUCAGGUACCACAGCAAAAUCUUUUGCUCCUUGAAAGUGGGCCAAAUGUGCCUCAGUUAUUCUUUGGAAUAUAUACUAAAGGUAGCUUUGGCUUUUUAAAAUACUACAGUUGCAAAGAAAAGAGUUCUUUUACCUUUGUUUAGUUCAUGAACUAUGACACAUAGUAACCACAAGAAAACCAAAUAGGAAUUUAGCUGUCACCAAAUGGCCCUGUGGCUAACCUUAAUAAAUUGUGCAAUACUUGUCACCUUUGAUGUAUAGAUACUCGCAUUGUAUAGUAGACUUAGAAAAUUACUUAUUUAUCACUUAAUGCUGAAUGCAAAAAGCUGUACAUUAAUCACAGUAAUAUAUUCUGUAAUAUGAGGGUGCACUGGCAAAUGCUGACCAGUAAUAUAAUAUAACUUUAAAUGUGUUAUUCAAUUUUGGGUGAUACACUAGAAUAAUCAAGAAUUUUUUAAUGUGAUUUGGAGUUCUGUAAGAGAAGAGUUUGCACUUUUAUCUCCAUAUUUCAGGGAGCAGGAGAUGCUCAAAUUUCAGAGUGCUUUUUAUUAGACUAAGAAUUUAAAGCUUACAUAUUUGGAGGUAUUAUUUAUUUGUGUAAUACUACUUGGAUAAAACUGAGCUGGAAAAAGUAAGCACCAUUCUGUUCCUUCACCAACUGCUGGAAAACAGCUGAGUCAGUAACAAUAAUAAAGGCAACCUCUUAAUAUUUCAAAUAGUUUCUUUCAGUUCAUACAAGUGUAUUUUUUCUAAGCAGAGCUGGAGAUCAGCUGUAUUUUUCCAUUCAACAUCUCCUCUGAAGCCAUUUUAAAUUUAAGUUCUUAGUCAUACAAUGAUGCAUAGACAUACAAUGUUGCAGUGUAAUGAUAGUCUUGCUUGUACUAUUGUCUCAAUGCACGCAAAUGAGGAUUAAAAUAAUGUCAUCAACUAUUAAUGACGCAUAACUGUUAAAUUUGUGAUGUCGACUGCAAAGCCUCAAACAAGCCUUUCUUUCUCUCACAACAAUAAAGUAAUCUGGCCUUAGUUAUCAUUUUGUGUACAGUGGUUCCUGCAUUACGCUAAAAGCUGCAACACUUAGCAAAGACUACCACCUACACUGCCAAGCUAAAAUGUAAAAAUCUACAGAGAACACAUUUUGAUUUGGGACUAAAACCAAAAUAGAAUACUGCAGUCAGAGCUUUCAACUAGCUUCUUAAAACAGACAAAAGCUGCUGGGUAUAUAAGGGUAUAGAAAUGCGCAUUUCAAGUAAAACCACCUCAGAAGAGGUAAGCUACCAAAGCGUACUGAUGGACUAGGGUUAAGUAGAAAUUCAUGGCAAAUCCAGUUAGUAAACAAUAGAGAGAAGCAAAAUCUUCAUUGAAAAGCCUGUAUAUAAUCAAGACAUUAUUAAAAAGUCCUCAAACUUUCCAAAUGCUAAUGCACCAUCCCAUGGACACAGAAUGCUGCUUUUGAGAAACUCAAGGAAGCAGCUUUAGCCUUGGUCAUCAGAUGACAAAAAUGUAAGGUUAGAACUAGGUUGUUUACAUAGGCUACCAAGGAGGGUAUAGGAACAGUUUUCUAACAGCAGAAUGGUAAAAAUAGAGACUGCUGAUUUAUACACUAUCAGCCUUUACUAAAAACUGAGCUUUGAUAUGUUCAGAAAGAGAGGGGGAAGACUGAGUUCAUAUUAUACAGCGAAAAAUAUAUCAAUAGGAGGCAAACAGGUAACACUUAUUUCUGCUGCCAAAAAAUAGGGCAAAUCUGUCCCUAAUAACAGCAACAUCUUCUUAACUGUCAAUUUAGGAUCUGCCAGUGAAAUUGAAAUCCGAGACUUGGUGGUUGGAUGCUGAUACUUUUGAGAAAUAUAGAGUAGAUCAAAGUCCAAAACGAGAUGUAAACAUAUCAAUACUCAUUUAACAACCCCAAAUUUCAGCCAAAUGUGAAUCAACAAAUUUAACUGCAAUAAGCCACCAUGGCAAUUGCCUAACACUAAUGGAAGAUGAUGAGAAUACUGUGCAGUUUUGUUUAAACGCAUGAAGGUGGCAGCUGCAAAAAUCAUGCAAAAAUCAUGCAAAAAUAUGCAAGAAUCGGUUCUCAAAGCUCAUCUAAGGAUUAGAUUAGGGAGACAAAAAGUAAACAAUUUAUAAUGAGGAGUGACAUUAGCUAAAAUAUGACUCCUAGAUUAAAAUAAAAUGUUUGUUUUACCCUGGUGAACCUUUCCCCACAAGAAAAAAAAACAACUUUGUGUUUUCUUGGUUAUUAUUCACAGACUUUGAGAUGGAUACACUAGAAAAUAUCAUACUAAAGGAUGACUUGUCUUUGCCAAUUUCAUCCUUCUUAGACAUGGUAUAGCCCCAGAAGUAACACCUAACAAACAGGAUGCAAUUUGACAGCAAUUAGCUCAGCCUACUUUCAAUGAUGUCCUGAACUUACACCUUUCACUAGAUUGGGUAGAAAACAACACUUAAAUAAUAACAAGUUUAUCAGAAAAGACUUAUGGUCAGAUGUAGUUCUGUGUGUCACAUUGUUAAGGUGCAGUCUGGCACCGGUGAUGGAUGGGCUCCCACAAGCUGACACCCUGUUUAGAAGAAAACCAAAGACAGAAAUAUCUACAGGUUAGAACCUGAUGGACAGAAGUGGAGAAAUUCUGUUCUUGGCGGAAGAUGAUCUGUGUUGAGUAAUAUUAAUCUCACCUGGUUUUAGACCUCUGUAGUGUAUGUGUGUUGUAUGUUACUAUUUUAGAAGUGGCUGGAAGCAGUGACAUAUUUAACAGGCUUAAACCAAUAAGUGUAUGUACACAAAAUGCAAUAUUACUAAAGAA